CGGGCAGAGCGAGCGAGCGCGCGCACCCGAGCCCAGGCAGCGCGCCCACCGGACCAGGACCGGGACCCGCAUCCCGAGCCCGAUCCGCGAGCCGGCUCCCGCAGCCGGGGCCUGCAGGCAGAGCGGGAGCGUGUGACCGGGUCUCCGUUCCUGUCUCAGGACCAUGGCCUCCAUGCUGCUCAGCCAGCGCCUGGCCCCCAGCCUCCGGCAGCACUCCCUCCUGCGUGCGCGCGGGCCCAGACACAUCAGUCAAGCCGCGGCCAAGGUCGACGUGGACUUUGAUUAUGAUGGGCCCCUGAUGAAGACGGAAGUGCCAGGGCCCAGGUCUCGAGAAUUAAUGAAGCAGCUGAAUCUGAUUCAGAAUGCGGAGGCCGUGCACUUCUUCUGUAAUUACGAAGAGAGCCGAGGCAACUACCUCGUGGACGUGGACGGCAACCGGAUGCUGGACUUGUACUCCCAGAUCUCCUCCGUGCCCAUAGGCUACAGCCACCCUGCUCUGGUGAAACUCGUCCAGCAGCCCCAGAAUGUGAACACAUUUAUCAACAGGCCCGCCCUGGGCAUCCUUCCCCCAGAGAACUUCGUGGAGAAGCUGCGGGAGUCCUUGCUGUCUGUGGCCCCCAAAGGCAUGUCACAGCUUGUCACCAUGGCCUGCGGCUCCUGCUCCAAUGAAAAUGCCUUCAAGACCAUCUUCAUGUGGUACCGGAGCAAGGAGAGAGGCCAAACGGGUUUCUCGAAAGAGGAGCUGGAGACAUGCAUGAUCAACCAGGCCCCCGGCUGCCCAGACUACAGCAUCCUCUCCUUCAUGGGCGCCUUCCACGGCAGGACCAUGGGUUGCUUGGCGACAACACACUCCAAGGCCAUCCACAAGAUCGACAUCCCCUCCUUCGACUGGCCCAUCGCUCCCUUCCCGAGGCUGAAAUACCCCCUGGAGGAGUUCGUGAAAGAGAACCAGCAAGAGGAGGCCCGCUGUCUGGAGGAGGCGGAGGACCUGAUCGUAAAGUACCGGAAGAAGAAGAAGACGGUGGCGGGCAUCAUCGUGGAGCCCAUACAGUCCGAGGGUGGAGACAACCACGCGUCGGACGACUUCUUCCGGAAGCUGAGAGACAUCUCCCGGAAGCACGGCUGCGCCUUCCUGGUGGAUGAGGUCCAGACUGGAGGCGGCUGUACCGGCAAGUUCUGGGCCCACGAGCACUGGGGGCUGGAGGACCCGGCCGAUGUCAUGACCUUCAGCAAGAAGAUGAUGACCGGCGGCUUCUUCCACAAGGAGGAGCUCAGGCCCAACGCGCCCUACCGCAUCUUCAACACCUGGCUGGGGGACCCCGCCAAGAACCUGCUGCUGGCCGAGGUCAUCAGUGUCAUCAAGAGGGAGGCCCUGCUCAGUAAUGCGGUGCAUGCCGGCAAGGCCCUGCUCACAGGGCUGCUGGAGCUCCAGGCCCGGUACCCCCAGCUCAUCAGCAGGGUGAGGGGCCGAGGCACCUUCUGCUCCUUUGACACCCCGGAUGAAUCCGUACGGAAUAAGCUCAUCCUGAUGGCCAGGAACAAGGGAGUGGUGUUGGGGGGCUGCGGCGACAAGUCCAUCCGCUUCCGGCCCACCCUGGUCUUCAGGGACCACCACGCACACCUGUUCCUCAACAUCUUCAGCGACAUCCUGGCCGACUUCAAGUAGGGGCACCUCCGCCCACCAGCCCGGCCCUCCGCCGCCCCCGGUCUGCCUGAUUCAUGCUUCCGCUGCAAGUCUGGCGCCACACAUCCGCGGAAGGGUCCUCUGUGGGGAGGGGCGUCCUGCCGACUCAGGGAGGGGGGCGGCCGGCUUGGGGGAUCCUCCCCACAGAGCCAGUGGUGCACGUUGGCUUAGCCCAGAAUUCUGCUCGGCCCUCAGGACAAGCCACGGAGGUCCUGCGCACAUCGGCCAGGCCUGCCCAGUCCACGGCUGGGGCUCUGGGGCUCCGGGGCUGCCCUCGCCCCGUGCAGUCGCCUGCUCUCACCCCCACACACACACCACCUGCAAAUUCGAUUAAGCUGGGGGUAGCGGGUACUGCGCCUCUCCGUGCACUGGGACCCCUCCAAGGCUCGCCCCUGAGGACCUCUGGGUGGUUUCUGCCGGUUCUGACUCACCGUCUGCCAUCCCACAGCCCCUCCUCCAUUUCAUGUUCAGUGUCACUGCCCCGAGUGUCCCCAGGGUGUGGAGCCCAGGCCGCCCUCUCCCGCAGCAGCAGAAGUCACUCACGGGGGAUGGGCAGCCUGGGGAGACGGCACGGCGAGUCUCUGCUUUCUCCAUCGCAUGCCGGCCACAGACCUCCCGUGUCCCAACUCCCCCGCUCUCCUGCAGGCCUGCAACCUGCCCUGUUCUUGCUGAGGGGCGGACAGCCCCGGCCGCCCUGAGGAAGACAGAGCCGGGAGGGAAGCUGGGCUGGCACCGGGCGCCGCUAACUGGCCCCUCGGCUCUGUCUCCCACUGGAGGCCUCCCUGGGCUGCCCCCCGGGAGCUCACAGGAAGCCCCUGCUCUGUCCCACGCUGGGGGGGGGGGGAGUGCGAGGGGCCCCAGUCCACCUCGGGGGCAGAGGAGGCUCCAGGGAGAAAGUGGCGUCUGAGCAGGGUUUUGCAGUAGAAGUGAGAUUUCUCCCAGCAGUGGAGGCAAGGAGUCAGCAGCGGGAAGGGAAGAAGAGCUUGUGGCUCUCCCCAGUGGGGAGCAGGUCCCAGGGCAGUGUGUGUGUGUGUGGGG